UAUAUGUGUGUGAAUCACAGCUAAGUGCCACAUGUUGGAGAAAUGUCUGCCGCCCCCGGAGCGUGCUGUCGUCACCGGUCAGCUCCUGGAGCGGGACCUGCCCMGGAGGAGGCUCCCCGCUCCGCUCCGCUCUUCAACUCCGGAGGAGCCGAGGGCAGGACUCACAGUCCGAGGCAGGCCAGGCAGAGAGAGGAGGCUGCCCUCUCCGGAGAUGUGAAGAUAUAAACACCGCGACACUUCCGCAGCGUCUCUACGCGUUUCAGCCGAGGGUCGAACUCUUUUCUUUCCCCUCCGUCUUCUUCUUUUUAUAAAGUAAAUGCCGCAGAACCGCACGCGCCCUUCUUCUUCUUUUCUUUUAUUUCUCGUAUUUAUAAGCGACCACUACUAUGGCAGUUCACAUCCGGGCCGCAAUGRUUUGACUCCAUUAUUGUCCAAAACUGACGGAGAGGUUGAUUAAACCUUAAUUUUAUCAUCCGAACGACCCGUUUUCUCAGUACUCGCAGAGUUUGGAUCAAGAGGAGAUGUCUAACCAGGGAGUUCGGAGGAACGGACCCGUGAAGCUGCGACUAACAGUUCUGUGUGCCAAAAACCUGGCGAAGAAGGACUUCUUUCGCCUCCCUGAUCCCUUCGCCAAGGUAGUUGUGGACGGUUCGGGGCAAUGCCACUCCACAGACACUGUGAGGAACACGCUUGACCCCAAGUGGAACCAGCACUAUGAUCUAUACAUUGGAAAAUCCGACUCGAUCACUAUUAGCGUGUGGAAUCACAAGAAGAUUCAUAAGAAACAAGGAGCUGGUUUCCUGGGUUGUGUUCGCCUUCUGUCCAAYGCUAUAAACCGCCUUAAAGACACGGGCUACCAGAGAUUAGACUUGAACAAACUGAGUCCCAACGACAGUGACACGGUCAGAGGGCAGAUCGUAGUGAGCCUGCAGUCGAGGGACCGGAUAGGCACAGGAGGUCCUGUGGUGGACUGCAGUCGGCUGUUUGACAAUGAUCUUCCAGAUGGCUGGGAGGAGAGGAGAACUGCGUCUGGACGGAUCCAGUACUUGAACCACAUCACACGCACCACACAGUGGGAGAGGCCGACCAGGCCUGCAUCAGAGUACUCCAGCCCCGGCCGGCCACUCAGCUGCAUCGUAGAUGAAAACACGCCCAUUAGCACGAACGGCGCCACGCCCACCACAGCACUACCAUCCGGUGAUGGCGACCAGCGGGCACAGGAGAGACGGGUGCGAUCACAGAGGCACCGCAACUAUAUGAGCAGAACCCAUCUGCACAUGCACCCAGACCUUCCUGAGGGAUACGAGCAAAGGACGACGCAGCAAGGCCAAGUUUAUUUUCUCCACACUCAGACUGGAGUCAGCACGUGGCAUGACCCCAGGGUACCCAGAGAUCUAAGUAAUGUGAACUGUGAGGAACUUGGUCCUUUACCACCAGGAUGGGAGAUACGAAACACGGCCACAGGGAGGGUUUACUUUGUCGAUCACAACAACCGUACCACGCAAUUCACAGACCCACGCCUCUCGGCAAACCUGCACCUAGUCUUGAAUCCGAGUUCUAACGGUACUCGAGGAGGCAGCGAAAGUCAGAAUGUCAGUAGUCGUCAGAACCAGACGAAGGAUCAGGCCCAGCAGGCUCUGGUGUCCCCCGGUCAGCUCCCAGAGGAGGCAGAGUGCCUCACGGUGCCCAAGUACAAGAGGGACCUUGUUCAGAAGCUGAAGAUCCUCCGGCAGGAACUGUCCCAGCAGCAGCCUCAGGCCGGUCACUGCCGCAUCGAGGUGUCCCGCGAGGAGAUCUUUGAGGAGUCAUAUCGGCAGGUGAUGAAGAUGAGGCCGAAGGACCUGUGGAAAAGGCUCAUGGUGAAGUUCAGAGGUGAAGAAGGACUUGAUUAUGGCGGGGUGGCCAGGGAGUGGCUCUAUCUGCUGUCCCAUGAGAUGUUGAACCCAUAUUACGGCCUGUUCCAGUAUUCCCGCGACGACAUCUACACCCUGCAGAUCAACCCGGACUCUGCUGUCAAUCCUGAGCACUUGUCAUACUUUCACUUCGUAGGCCGCAUCAUGGGGAUGGCGGUGUUUCAUGGCCACUACAUUGAUGGGGGCUUCACUUUACCUUUCUACAAACAGCUGCUGGGUAAACCCAUCACUCUGGACGACAUGGAGUCUGUCGACCCCGACUUGCACAACAGCCUUGUCUGGAUCCUGGACAAUGACAUCACAGGUGUGCUGGACCACACCUUCUGUGUAGAGCACAAUGCUUAUGGCGAGAUCAUCCAGCAUGAGCUCAAGCCAAACGGUAAAAGCAUCCCCGUCACCCAGGACAACAAGAAGGAGUAYGUCCGCCUCUACGUCAACUGGCGUUUCCUGCGAGGCAUCGAGGCCCAGUUCUUGGCUCUGCAGAAGGGCUUCAACGAGGUCAUCCCCCAGCACCUGCUCAAGUCUUUUGAUGAGAAGGAGCUGGAGCUGAUCGUGUGCGGCCUAGGGAAAAUCGACAUCAACGACUGGAAGUCUAACACGCGUCUCAAACACUGCACUCCGGACAGCAACAUCGUGAAGUGGUUCUGGAAAGCUGUGGAGUCCUUCGAWGAGGAGCGCAGGGCCCGGCUGCUGCAGUUUGUCACCGGCUCUUCAAGAGUCCCUCUGCAAGGUUUUAAGGCCCUGCAAGGAGCUGCAGGACCUCGACUCUUCACCAUCCAUCAGAUCGAUGCCAGCACCAACAACCUGCCCAAAGCCCACACCUGUUUUAACCGGAUUGACAUUCCUCCCUACGAGAGCUACGACAAACUGUACGACAAGUUGCUCACUGCCAUUGAGGAAACGUGUGGCUUCGCUGUGGAGUGAGACAUCAGGAACGAGCAGAAGCAACCGUUUGACCAUUACAAGCCACCAUCCACAAAUCAGUUCACUCAGCUGGGGAUGACUCUGACAGGAUGUGUCACUGAGCUUAGGGAGGCUGAAAUGUCAUCUGACUGUGGGUUGUUUAUAAAACCUCCAGCCCUCAUUAAUAUCUUUUUUUAUCAUUAUUAUUGAAAAGGAAUUCUUCAGCUGCUAAUAACUCCGACUAUUUACUAACUUGUGGAACCUGGAAUUUUAUUUUCAUUUUUUUCUGAAUUCAUUUUAAAAAAUAGACUUUAUUCCAUGUAGCAUUGCUCCAUAUUAGCACGCAAAACACAAGAUCAGUCCACUCUGAGACAAUAACCACGUUAUUUGCUGCAGGACAGAAUUAUUAUUAUUAUUAUUAUUAUUAUUAUAUUAUUUCAUUUUAUUAUUAUUUUUUUAUUUUUUAUUGGUCACUGCAACCACUUGGAAACACUAAAUCUGGAUGCAACAUAUGCAUGACUCAAGCUGUUUGGUGCAUCAAAAAGAAAUACUCCUAGGGUGUUUGCUUUGAUUCCAAGGAUGGGAAGUGCAGAAACAGCUGACUUGUUUACAACUUUCUCCAAAGACAGAAGAAAGGAGUUCUGCCCCACAAAGAAAGCUGCAAUCCCAGAACACCCUUUUUUACUGGUCACACUUAAAUGUGUUUUGAAAUGAAUGAGUAGCUUAAAGUGUGAUACUUUUGUAUAACAGGGAAAGUGCGAAACAGUAAAAAAGAAGAAAAAACUUUAUAAUAUAUAUAUAAUUUAUUUCUGUUAUAUUCCAGAAAUCCCCUCUCCAUUGUUUCAAAAAAUAAUAACCUUUUUAAAUGUUUAGUGUCACUGUUUAAAUUAUAAAAGACAGUUUGGUGAGAGCAGGACAAAUGAAGAGCAGAGGACCGAGCUCACAUCCUUGAGGAACUCCUCUGCACGUUAAAUCUGUGGUUUAGUUCUUCACUGAAUAUAUCAGAGGAGAAUAGGGAGAGGUUUUUUUUUCAUAAGAGCAAAAAAAACAUAAAUAUCCUCAGUGCCAUAAUCAUUUUAAUGAGAAAAAUCUAGCAAACAUUGAGCUUACCCUUUAAAUUCUGAUUUUAUUUUUAUUUAUUUUCCCUUUUGCAGUUGCAUAUGAGGGUUUAAUGUAUCACACACACCGCCAUCAGUUAUUCUAGAUUUAUGUUACUUACCGUUAAUGUAUGAAGAGCCAAAAGUGUCGUCGUCUACUUGUUAUAUUGGAAAAACCGAAGGAGAGAAAAAACUUGACUACCUUUCAGCCAUGUGGUGCUAAACUCAGUAAGUUUAUUUUAAUGUUACCCUCCGACAUCCUACUGCUACUCAUUUUCAUACCUGCCUGUGGCCACGAGCACCAGCCACACUCUCAGGUGAUGUCAUAUGUAGUUUGUAAGGUCUAUUUGAUUGAAAACUAAUGUGGAGAAUUUGUUUUUUUUUCACUGUUUGAUCGCUCAAAUGGUCACUCGCUUUGACAUGCCCACAGCAGAACAUUAAGUUACAGUCUUUGUAGCAUGUUUCCAUGUGUCUUUUUGGGUUUAAAAAUGGACUGAGCAAAAUGAAAACUUCAUCCAAGUCUGGUUUUUAGUCCCAUUAUUGAUGUUUUUAUGAAAAAAAAAAGUUUUUCUACAAUUAAAAAUGUUGAAUGUCUGUAAAAAAAAAAAGAAAGAAAAAGAAAAAUGCUGCCUGUCUAACAAUCUAAGACCGUGGACUGUUCUCAAUUUUUUGCAUACACUUUAAAAAGAAGGGUUUGUUUUUCACGAGUGUAUGCCAAGUGAAAUGUGUCCUCAGAAGGUGCUUUGUACAGUAAUAAGAUAUUGUUCACGUACGUGGAUCAAACGGACUGUAAUUUAUCUUUAACUUAAAUGGGGGGGGGGGGGGUCUUGAACUGCAAAGAGGAAUUGCACACAAGACAAAUAAACGAGGUCUCCGGGUGUAUUUAACGGGGACUUCUGCACCAGAUGUUAAUUCACCUUAGAGUCCAGUGCACAAGCUGAUCUUCUACUGUCUGCUGCCACACCACAUCGCUCUGCAGGGGCCCCUGACGUGGCCUCAAGUUAGCUGUCAGUAAAACAGGUCAAAGUUUAGGGACACCGCUGUCUCCUUUUUUAUUUUAUUUUUAUUUUUCACAUAGCAUGAUUCACUAGCAGGACUAUAUCUCUCAUAACUGACUGAUGCAAUUUUAUGUAUGUUAACACUAUCAUUUUUGUAAGAGUAUUUUAUUUUUGUGUGUAAUUAGUUCUAAUUAAACUUGCCUUUUGUCUAACAAUGUAAGGCCUUGUACAAUUGUA